GGUGCUCCGUUGUGCGCAUGUGCAGACUAGAUUUCGGGGAUGGGUCUAUCGAUGAACUCAAGAUGGCGACUCUGGCAAAAGCGCCAAUAUAUUUACUGAAGUAGAUGUCCAAAAUUAACCGAGUUAGUGGGUCUUCCCGAGCCCCUAGUGGGGUCUGCGAAACAUGAGGUCCGAGAGCAUGUUUUUGAAGAGGAACUGACCGGGAUUUAUACGGCAACAAAGUCAGCGAGAUGUGCGAGAGCUAUGCCCGCUCGCUGCUGCGUGUUUCGGUGGCGCAGAUCUGCCAGGCUCUGGGCUGGGAUGCAGUUCAGCUCACUGCGUGCGAUCUGCUCUCCGAUGUGCUGCAUAGAUACAUCCAGCAGCUGGCCAGAGGUUGCCACCGGUACUCUGAGUUGUACGGGAGGACUGACCCGGUGCUGGACGAUGUGAGCCAGGCCUUCAGGCUGCUGGGGGUCAGCCUGAGCGAACUGGAGGACUAUGUCAACAACCUGGAGCCCGUGGCCUUUGCCCAGCAGACGCCGCUCUUUCCUGUUAGCAAAAACAACGUCCUGCAGUUUCCUCAGCCUGGAGCCCGAGAUGUAGAGGAAAGAAAGGAUUACAUUCCAGAUUACAUGCCACCCCUGGUAUCCCUGCAAGAAGAAGAGGAGGAGGAGGAGGUCCCUGCCGACAUGGGCACCUCCGCUGAAGCUAUGCAGGUGGCGCUGGAAGAGGACGAGGAGGAGGUGGAUGAAGAUGAGACUGUCAAUGAUGAAAACCACCCACUAAAGAGGCAUCUGGACAGCCCUGAUGCAGCUCUGGGUAUGAUGCCCACCUCCAAGAGACCACGCAUGUACCCCGGCCUCAGCCCAGAGUGGGGGGUUGAACCCAGGGAGCCCCUCACCUCCCUGAACCCCCAGCGUGUUCCACCAGGCAUACUGCCCUCGCAUGACAGCCUUGACCCCCUGUCACCCGAAACGCCAUCUGGGGCCAUGCCUUCCUUCAGACCUCAGCCGAUUAUACCAAAACACACCGAUCAAAAGGGCCACACCCCUCCAGCCAGGAAGCCCAAGGUCUCCUCACCCGGCAGACAACGGACUAAGUCCCCGAAAGGGAUCAUCCCAGCUCCGGGUGGUAGUCCCAUCCACUCUCCAAAACCAUCGAAAGAGAGGAAAAAGUCCCCCGGCAGGACCAAGAGUCCCAAAAGCCCCAAGAGCCCAAAGAUGAGUUCAGCUAAAACGCCGCAGCCUCCGAGCAAGCCGGACGGUCUGCACAAGCUCCCGCUGUCUGCGCUGAGCGAGCGAAUGGGCAAGGAGAACAUCCACAUGCACCGGAUUAUAGAGGACAGGGAGGUGGCCGAGGGGCCUUUCAAGAAGCUGGAGCCGGAAAACCAAGCCAUCGACGACUCCAUAGAUGCCGUGAUAGCAAGAGCAUGUCAGGAGCGGGAGCCGGACCCUUUUGCUUUCUCCUCGGGCUCCGACUCAGACAGCAACGGUUUCUCCAGCCCCAGGAGGCUGACCAUCAUGGAGCCGUCUACACCCAAACUUCCCAUAGGGGCUUGCAAUUUGCUAAAAGACACAUCAACACCACUUCACCUGCAGGGCCCCCCAGGCCUCGGGAAGUGGACUUUGGAGGAUUCAAUCAAUGAGGUGGUCCGGAGGGCAAACCAGGGGGGUCCGUCCGCCCCCCAACCGAACCAGGCGGAGUACGUGUCGUCAGGAUCGGCCUCACCGCCCACCCCCGAGCCUCUGCUCAAGGUGUUUGAGGAGAAGAACAAGAUCGUGCCCACGCUGGACGUGAAGAAGAAGCUGAAGAAAGAGCUCAAAACCAAGAUGAAGAAGAAGGAGAAAGAUAAGCCGAAAGACAAAGACAGGGAAAAGGACAAGAGCAAGCUCAAAGAGAAAAACAAGGACAAGAACAGGGACAAAAGCAAAGAAUUUCCCAAGGAUUUGAAGAUACCGUGGAAGGAGUUUGGCCUGAAAGACGAAGACCGCUUUUUCCCACCAGACUUCACUCUGCCCGAGGGCUCCAUCAAAAUUAAAUCCAGAGAUGGAGACGGCCCCAAGAAGGAGAAAGAGAAACACAAAGACAAGAAGAAGGACAAAGAAAAAAGUAAAAAAGACAAAGACAAGAGGGACAAAGGGAAGGACAGGAGCAAGGAGGACAAGCAGAAGUCCUCAGCAGUGUCCCCCUUCGUUCUCGGGGAAAUCCCUCCCCUCUUCAGCCCCUCCACCUGUCUGCGCAUGCCCUCCAUGCUUCCUUCUCUGGCCCCGAUCCUUCAGGACAAGGAGGUGAAGAGCAAGGAAAAGGACAAGAAAAAGGACAAGAAAGAGAAGAAGAAGAAGAAAGAUAAGGAGAAGGACAAGGAGCGAGAGAAGGCCAAGGAAAAGGAGCGGGAGAAGGAGGACAAGCGGAAAGAGAAAGAGAAGGAAAAGGAGAAGCGGGAAAAGGAGAAAGAGAAGGAGAGAAUUCGAUUGGAAAAGGUGAAAAUAGACACUCCAGCGGCCUUACCGUCUCCGGUCAUCCCCAGACUGACCCUCCGAGUGGGAGCCGGCCAGGACAAAAUCGUUAUCAGCAAAGUGGUUCCAAAUUCAGAGCCCAAGACGCCAGCACCCCGGACUCCCGCUGCCAAGUCGGGGCCUGGCAAUCGUCCCCGGACGCCCCCGCCGCCUCCCAUACCGGCCCCCGUCCCCCGGGCCCUCCCCCCCGUCCUCCCCCCGCCCUCGUCGUUGCUCUCCCCGCCCUCCAUGCUGCCCCACGCCGCCUCCGCCAAGACGCCGGUGCGCAGCGUGGUGACUGAGACCGUCAGUACUUACGUGAUUGUGGACGAGUGGGGGAACCAGAUCUGGAUCUGCCCUGGAUGCGAAAAACCUGAUGAUGGAAGUCCCAUGAUAGGGUGUGACGAAUGUGACGACUGGUAUCACUGGCCUUGCGUCGGCCUCGUGGCAGCGCCACCCGAGGACCAGCACUGGUUCUGCAUUAAAUGUUCCGGCAAGAAGAAGGACAAAAAACACAAGAAAAAAAAACACAAACCACACUGA